AUGGACGACUACCUGAAAUUGGGACACAUGCGCAAGGUUGAGGAAGCUACAGAGGACAAGGUUAAAAGAUGUUUUCUACCGCAUCAUCCGGUGGUCAAGGAGGCCAGUAGUACCACCAAGGUCAGGGUGGUCUUCGAUGCUUCAUGCAAAACGUCUUCUGGGGUGUCCUUAAAUGAUGUACUUCUGGUAGGGCCAGUUGUACAGGAUGAUUUGAGGUCAAUAAUUCUACGCAGCCGAACAAAGCAGGUGCUCCUCGUGUCGGACGUGGAGAAGAUGUUUUGGCAGAUCCUCGCUUGGCCAACGGAUCGGCCACUCCAAUCCAUACUAUUCCGGUUUGCCCCGGAGGAGGAAGUUGCAGUGUACGAACUUAACACCGUUACGUACGGAACAAAACCCGCACCCUAUCUAGCCACCCGAACCCUUCAACAGUUGGCUGCUGACGAAGCCGAUCGUUUCCCGCUCGCAGCAAGAGCAAUUCGAGAGGAUGUUUAUAUGGACGACGUCAUCACCGGUGUGGAUGAGGUGAAACUAGCCGUCAGUACUAGGAAUCAAUUGACUGAGAUAAUACAAUGCGGAGGGUUUAAGCUCUAA